ACGAAACAGCACAACCCUGAAUGCAGUCGACUGUCUUAUUAAAACGAUGUCUUCAUGUUUGAACAUCCAACAUGUUCAUGCAGAGGGGAUCAAAGACUUGACAGUAACUUUCUUCCAAAAGUCAGAUAUGAACAGCCAUACAUCUAUACUUGAAUCAACAAUCAGCUUGCUGAACCAGAAUUGGAACAAGUCUGAGAUGCAGAAACUUGCUGAAUCCUUGGCUCGAUGCCCUGCGCUGUCUGUCCUAGAUGUGUCUGGAGGCCAGUGGGAUGAAGAAAUUUUAAGGACACUGACUGAGUUUUUGCCAAAGUUCAGCAUUACUGACAAGCUCAUCAUUAAUGACAGCUGCUCAUCAGUGGAGGGUUUGGUGGUUCUGACUGCUCUACUGUCUGAUUAUCCUCCUGUGAUGGAGCUGCAUAUCAGAUUACAGGUUCCUGUUAAGGUGUCUAUUGUGUUUGCUAGGGGAAGGGAAAAACCUGCAAGCGGAAUAUCCAAAUCUCUCUGUGCCAGUAAAAAUGACAUCAACAUGGAAGGAGUGGCAAUGCUGGCUGCAGCUCUAUGCUCGUAUAACACCUUAACAGAAAUUCACAUCAGUGGCGGAGGCAAAGAGGAAGUCAAUCUAAAGUUCUGCCCAGAUGAAAGUGAUGACAAGCAGCAGCUAAAGAUGUUCCGAGUAAAGGACAGCAGCAUCCUACCAUCUGAUAUAACCAAAGUAUGUAGAAAAUUGGUCCAGAGUCACUUCCAUUGGGAGUUAGAGUUAUCUCAGUGUUCACUUACCAACAAAGCCAUCAAGAAUCUUCUCAAAGUGUUGCCAGAGAUGACGUCACUGCAGAGACUCAAUGUCAGACAGAGCAUCACAUCUGCGACCGAUGCACUCGAGCUGGUCAGCUGUUUGAAUGACAGUCAGCGAGUGACGUCGGUGGAGCUCAGCCCUCAGGGUGACUCCUUCAUCAAUUUUGAUACAGUGAAAGUGGAACAAGUGAGCUGCAGGUUAACUCAUUUUUGCCUGAAGGGUGACCACUUGAAGAAACUUCUUGAGAUCCUGCAGCAGGGUCCCCAGCUUUCAGAUCUUGAUUUGUCAAGUAACCAGCUGGAAGAUGAAGACGUGAGCUCUUUUGUGCAUUCCCUACCAAGGCUAAAAAUCAGCACCUAUGUCAAUCUCAGUAACAACAGACUGACCCAGCAGGGGCUGCUGGCUGUGGCCAGCACAUUGUGUACCUGUGCUAAUGUCUCUGGUGUGGAUGUCAGCUUAGGAGAAGAAGAGCGAUGCCUCAUCUGGUUCAGACAAAAUGAAACUCGUGAAAAAACUCUGAGAUUAAACCACAGCUUACUGGAGCAGACUGAAGAUUUCCUACAGCUGCUGAGCUUCAGUCAAAGUGGAUGUGUUUUCAGUAUUGAGGAGCGUUGGAUCAGCGCUGAGAAAGCGGUUGGAUUAAUGCUCCACUGUUUGCAACUCAAUAGCAAUAUUCAAACUUUCAGGAUUCAUCAAAACACACUCCACCUGACCAAUUCAACUGGACUGACGACAGAUAGUGAUCUCUCUGGAAAUGCAGCUCAAUCGAGCGCCAUAAAGAAAAUUGGCCUUGUGGACUGUGCAGUAAAUGUGCAUCAGCUUGCAUCCAUAGAGAGCGUCAUCCUGAGUUGUCCAUUUCUGACAGAACUGGAUUUUUCCCACAACAGCCUCGGUGUAGAGGGAGCUGAGUUUCUCUGUUCUGUUCUUCCCCGGUUGCCCAAUCUCACUUCACUCAGGUCAGAACCUUUUCAAAUUUGA